AUGCGCGCUGCGCCCCCGCCGCUGCUGCUGCUGCUGCUGCUGCUCCCGGCCGCGCUCCUGGCCGCGCCCGCCGCGCGCGCCGGCAGAGCCCAGGCGGGCCGCGCGCCGCAGCCCCCACCCGAGCGCCCGCCGCCCGGCCCGGGCCCCGGGAACGCCACCCGGACGGCGCCGGGCGCCGGCGGCCCCUCCAACAGCAGCGGCGACGCGCUGGUGACCCGCCUCUCCGGCCUGCUCCGCGCCCUGCCCACGCUGAAGGCGGCCGUGGUCGUGGCGUGCGCCCUCGCCGCGCUGCUCGUCGCCUGCCUGCUGCUGCGCGUCCUCAGGUCGGGCCGGCGUUUGAAGAAGACCCGCAAGUAUGACAUCAUCACCACCCCGGCCGAGCGCGUGGAGAUGGCCCCGCUGAAUGAGGAGGAAGACGAGGAGGAAGACUCCACGGUGUUUGACAUCAAGUACAGGUAAAAACUGUUUUCUGGCGUCUUGGUAUCCUGUGGACAGAGUUGGCCAGCUGCAACGUGGGCGUGAAGGAUCUGGAAGCUCUCUCAUUCGAGGUGUUGGAACCGUCACAAACUUGAUCCAUGGAACUCUGGGACGACUGUGUUGUCACGGCAGCAAGGUCACCUCUGUCGCCUCUGGAGGCCCAAACAUCAGCCCUCUGAUGGCCCUGAAGAGGGCUUUUGCCUUGCUAAGGGACAAAGGGGAGAAAGAUAUUGAUUAAAAAAAAAAAACAAAACCCAGUAAUUUUAUAGCCACUGUUGACAAAAGUAAAAGAGAUCAGAAGUUCUCAAGGAGCUGAAAAAAAAGCCUGAAGGCUAUUCGGCUGCAUAUUUAGAGUUUCUGACAUUCUGCACUCCUGGACCGCGCAGGUUCCGGCCAUCUGGCCCUUUGGUCGUCUUUCAGGCCUGGUUGAGUUUCCAAAGGACAUGCUGACCGCCGCUCAGCUCCGCAGGAGUUUAGUAUGUUUCCUUUUCCAGAAGGGUUCAGCAGAUACAGGCACAGCUAGUUCACAAAGAAUUUUGAGUAUCAGGGAAACCCCCCUAUGUACGCAUGUGUGUGUGCAGACACAUGAGCGUGUGCAGGCAUGUGCGCAGGCAUGUGCAUGUGUACAGGCAUGUGAGCAUGCAGGCGUGCACACGUGUGCAUGUAGAGUCAUUUCUUCUCCCCAGGGAAUGGGAGCACCGGGCAGCCUUUGGAGAGUGACAUCCUGUAUGCGUUUCUCUGCCCUGACAGUGUUACCUGGUCCUUCUUAGCAUGUCCUCUGUGCUAGCUGGUCUGGGGUAUCUGGCGAUGUGACUGGCUGGAGGAGGCGCACUGUCGGGGGCUGUGUUUGAAGUUGCUCCAGGCCAGGCCAGGCCCCCUGGCCCAGGAGUGGUGGAGGCAGGCCCCUCCUGCAGGUGCGGGUCCGGGGCUCCUCUGGGGUGCUGAUCUCAGUGCCUGUGUGCCCAGACAGCUAUUGGCUCCUAGCAGUGGGGCUGACUUGUCCACUUGGCGGGGGCUUCCCUUGUGCGCUGUCUCUAGCACUCACCCCGGUCUGCUGCCCUGGGUGCUACACGGGGCUGCACGGCCACCCAGUGCUGGGGCUUGUCCAUGCUCAGGGCCCAGGUCCCUCUGCUGCUGCGCCCUGCCAAGCUCGCAGGCGCAUGGGAUUCUAGAGGCGCGUGCGUGCGUGAGCGUGUGUGUGCACGUGUGUGUGUUCCCUAAGGUGCUUCUCUCCUUGACAGCCCCCAGGCACAGCACAGCCCUUGGGCGGAGGGGAGGAGGCAGGAAGGGGCUGGGAGAGGCUGCUGCAGAAGGACCUUCCUUUCCCUGCUAAUCCAGCUCCUCUGGGAAGACAAGAUCCAUUUCUUAAAAGCAGAAUGAACUCAGCUUCGGGGAAUCAAAAUCAGAAUGGCAGGAACAGGGGGCCUGGCGAGGCGUUCGUUCCCCUCUGCCAUCUCCCUCCUUCCAUCCUUAUGAUGAGCCUCUUACAGGGGCCACUAUCCAAAGGAUCACUAUCCAAAGGGAUCACUAUCCAAAGGGAUCCCCACAUUCCCAGCAUUACCUUAAGUGGGGUGCCUGGUCCUAGUUCUGGGCGUCUUCACAUUUAUUCUUUCAUUCAUUCAUUUCUUUUAUGAGCAUUUGGGUGGGGCCCAGUCAGGUCAGGCGCCCGCUCUGGGGUCUAGAAGACGUGACGGGUGCGGUCCACCCCUCCGAGGUCCAGUGUCUUCUGGGUCCACUAGUUGAAAACAGGGCCUGGAGUUUCGAGGAAACAUUUCAGGCUGAUUUAAAAAGAAUUUUCGUUUAAAAAUGGAGCCAUUUUUUUUUUAAUUGGUCAAAUUUUGGAAGACAUAAUGAUAAAGAAGAUAAAACAAGUCGUCCAGGUAAUAACCAUCCUUAGCACUUUGGCGUGUUUUCCUCCUCGGUUUCCUCACCUCCCUCUCGUCUUUCUGUUCUCCCUCCCUCCUGCCAUUUGCAAAUGCUUAUGGAACACCCACUUGUGCCAGGAGCUGUGCUGGUUGGAAGCGGAGUCUGGGGGGUGCCCAGACCGGUGACCUCCAGGGGCCACGGAGAAUGAAGGGCUGCGACAGGGAGUCGGGCCCAGGAAGCCAGGACGAGGAGUGACCGGCCCUGCUUGGACUGCGGGGCCCCCCUGGGCCUCUGUGUGGGUGCUUUUCCGUGUUUUUCUCUAGAUUUGGGCCAUAGAACCUAUUUU